CCAUCAGCUUUAGACUGACUUCUGCAUGUGAAUCAGAGCAUCCAGGCGAACAAGCCGAGCUCCGGGCUGCAGCUUCCCGCAGCCUCCUGCAGAGGGAGCCGCAGUGUCCACCACAAAACCAGGCAGCAGCAGCAGCAGCAGCACAGUAUCAGCAGCCAGACAGGAGCGGAGCGGAGAGGAAACACCGCACAGAUGAAGGGACCAUCGCGGAGAACUAUCACAUAUCCCUCCGUGUGAUUAUUGUUAAAUAUCAAACAACACACCCAUCCCUCCUUCCUCCCACCGGGGUCGCGCCGUCGCAGUGGGUCUUUCAGUCAGACGGCUUGCCUGUUUUUCCUCCGGGAGGCUGAAUGGAAGCAGCAGCCGAGGGAGCGGUCGGGCUGUCGGAGGCCGGGGACGGGAGCCCGCUAUCCGGGGCCGCAGCAUCCGAUGAUGCGGACACGGUCGUUGGAGUGAGCUACGGGAUGGACGCCGCAGAUAUGGAUGCUGCUGCUAGGAAAGCCUUCAUUACAGAGAUGCCCUCAUCCUCAGGCCUGCCUGGUCAGGGAAAGAAGAUUGGCCACAGAGGGGUGGAUGCAUCGGGAGAAACUACUUACAAGAAGACCACAUCCUCUGCCUUGAAAGGUGCCAUCCAGCUGGGCAUCGGUUACACAGUGGGCAACCUGAGCUCCAAGCCUGAGAGAGAUGUGUUGAUGCAGGACUUCUACGUGGUGGAGAGCAUCUUUUUCCCCAGUGAAGGGAGCAACCUCACUCCAGCUCAUCAUUUCCCGGACUUCCGCUUUAAAACAUACGCUCCCGUGGCCUUCCGCUACUUCAGAGAACUGUUUGGCAUCAGGCCGGACGACUAUCUGUACUCCCUAUGUAAUGAGCCCCUGAUUGAGCUGUCCAAUCCUGGAGCGAGCGGAUCAGUCUUCUAUCUUACGAAGGACGAUGAGUUCAUCAUCAAGACUGUCAUGCACAAGGAGGCUGAAUUCUUACAGAAACUGCUGCCUGGAUACUACAUGAACUUGAAUCAGAACCCUCGCACUUUGCUGCCCAAGUUCUUCGGCCUCUACUGUGUCCAGUCAGGCGGGAAGAACAUCCGUGUGGUGGUGAUGAACAACGUCCUGCCCCGAGUAGUCCGCAUGCACCUCAAAUACGACCUGAAGGGCUCCACCUACAAGAGGCGAGCAUCCAAGAAGGAGAGAGAGAAGGCCAGGCCCACGUUCAAAGAUCUCGACUUCAUGCAGGACCUGCAGGACGGUCUGAUGCUGGAUCAGGACACUUACAACGCGCUGGUCAAGACCCUGCAGAGAGACUGCCUGGUGCUGGAAAGCUUUAAGAUCAUGGACUACAGCCUGCUGCUCGGGGUUCACAACAUGGACCAGGCAGAGAGGGAGAGGCAGAUGGAGGGCUCCCAGGGCGGCAGUGAUGAGAAAAGGCCCGUAGCCCAGCAGAAGGCCCUUUACUCCACAGCCAUGGAGUCCAUCCAGGGAGGAGCCGCCUGCGGAGGGUCCAUUGACACUGACGACACGAUGGGCGGUAUCCCAGCUGUCAACGGAAAAGGGGAGAGACUUCUUCUCUACAUCGGAAUCAUCGACAUCUUGCAAUCCUACAGGCUAAUCAAGAAACUGGAGCACACGUGGAAAGCUCUGGUUCACGACGGGGACACCGUGUCCGUCCACCGGCCCGGCUUCUACGCUGAUAGGUUCUUCAAGUUCAUGAGCAGCACAGUUUUCAAGAAGAGUUCCUCUCUGAAGUCAUCUCCAUCGAAGAAGGGUCGCGUGUCGUUGACGGUGCCUAAGUGUGCCGGUCCUGGUGCAGCCUGGUCAGCCAGUCAGCUGCUCUCCGAGAGGGACGAGAAUAUCUACGACCUGAGAGGAGCUCGCAGCUUCCCAACGCUGGAGGAUGAGGGGCGAGCAGAUCUUCCAUGUACUCCUCCAUCAUUUGAAGAGGCCACCACCGCGUCAAUCGCCACCACUCUCUCUUCCACCACUUCUCUGUCCAUCCCCGAGAGAUCUCCCUCUGACACGGCUGAGCACCCCCGCUACAGGAGGCACACCCAGUCCCUCAGCCAUGACGGGAGGACCCAGGAGGAGCUGCGUGUGCGUGAGGAGGAUCAGCAGACCAUCACGGUGGAGGUGGAGUUGAAGAGACACGACAGUGAGCCCACCAUCUCUGUUCCACAGCCGUCUCCUGGAACCAGUGAGGUUCAGGAAGUAGCCGGUGCCGAGGCCCCAGAUGCUGCCGCAGAACCUUCCAGCUCUUUGUCGGCCCCAGAAGCCGCAUCCGCUUCCUCCUUGUCUGCUCCUGGUGCUCCGUCUUCCCCCGGGGGAGCCGAGGAAGCCCCGCCUAGUCCCAAGGUGGUGGUGGAGGCGGACAGAGCCAGCCAGGUGUCCGGCUCAGGGUGCACCAGCCAGGCUUCAGUGGACGAUGAAGAUGACGUGCCAAUCACAGAUAUCUACUUUCCUCCAGAGGACAGGACCUGGGUGUACUCUCCGCUACACUAUGGCUCAGAGUCUAAGGCCCUGCCAGAUGGGGAUUGGGAAAGAGAGACAUAAACCCUGUUCUCUGGCAGAGAGGAGUGAACGUCUCAGCAGAGAGGACUCACCGGUCUGAAGCCCAGACCUCAGUGGUAGCAGCAGGAUCUCUGUCCGGACCAGGAUUUUAAACAUGCAUACAGAAACUGAACACACUAAGGGGAAAAAGUGACUUGAGUACCAGAGGGGGGGAAAAUCCUGACAGUGAUUACAUCACUGAUUUCCAACCACCCCUGCCUUUCACCCUUGACAAAUAACAAUUUGAUCAGUUGAAUAAUUAUGUGUAUGUGUGACAUAGUACAUUUAAGGCUGUGUUGUCUUAUAUGUUAGACAUGAAAUACAGCAGUAACUUGUGUUCUGUUUCACACAAGCGCAGCCCUCUAACGUGCUCUGUAGGCUUGCCCACUCACUCUGCAGAGCAGCGCGUAGAGGUGUGAAGUGGAAGGAGCCAUUGCUACCAGAAGUAUUUAUACCCGUUUCAAGGAUAUCCUCAGUGUUACUCAACAUAAAAAUACAGGAGUCUCCCGGAUACUGUAACAACCCUGUAGGUCUCCAGUUUUAAUUAUUUCAACUUUGUUCCUGAGAAAUCGUGUUUUUUAUCAGGUUGAAAUGUCGGAUGGCUCUAAAUACUUUAAUACCUUUGAGCCACGAGGUGCAAAUUAAAGCUGUAGCAAAUUCAGAACAUUUUGUCAUUGUAGUUGUGAACAAAACAGCACCGUAGUUACUGAAUUCAUCCAGAAUCUGAAAGUGAAUUCAUUUUAGCUGCAGCUCUGUAAUUGAAUGUUUCUUACAGAGAGUAGUUAACUUCUCAUUUUACAGUUUUAUGGUCACAGGCUUCAACUUUUUAUCAAAGAAACAGAUAUUUUCUAAUGCAGCUAUUCAUCUUUGUUACUGAUGAUUCAACCCGGAGAGUUUCAUGUCUAUCCAAGCAGUGAAAGUCACUUUAACUGUUAACUUCCAUAACCAGCUCCUCCCACCUCACAGCUCUAUUGAAAUUUGCAUUUACUGCUUUGGCCAAAUCAAGACCACCAACCCUCCUUGGUACUGGGUUUCUCUUCAUUAUGGCCAUCGUACUCUAACCUUGCAUCCACUUUUCUAUCAGCGAUUGAAAGAGCAACACGAUAAAUGAAACGAUCUCCUUUGAAGGUUGACAUGAUGCUGCCUCUCCUGCACAUGUCUCCAUGCUGCCUGUGAUGUCCACCUGACAGUAGGACAUUAGGACCCCCUCUCAUAUGUAGAUUUCAGGGUGCUCAGUGAGGAGUGAGUGGGUAAGUCUGUGGAGUUGGAGUCACGACGUGAUUUAGGCAAGUAGGACGUGUUCCUGGAUCAACAUUGCAAUCAACCAAUCACAGCCCUCUGACAUCAUCAGUGUGCUGCUUCUGUGCUUUUCUAAAAAAUUAUUUGUGGCCCCAGACAGUCAGAGACAGUUGUGCUUCUUUUCUUCAGAGGUAAGCUAAGUCUUCCUAAUUGAAUUUAUCAAUUUAUUAAUUUAUUAAUAGUCAGAAAACUGAAUAAAAUCCUUAACUGCAUGUCUUUAAGUCAUUAAUAUGUAAUAUGGCUAGUUAAACCAUACUUAUUCAUAAGAGAAACUCAUUUUUGCUCUUUUCAUAGAGGCCAUGCUGACAAUAACAAAAAUAUAAACAAUAAAAAAUACAUCAGACUUGUCCUUUAAUACUGAUGUUCACAUCAUAAGUUGUUUCCAGAAAAACUACAAUGUUCCUGUUCAUUUUAUUGAUGAAUUAUUCUGACCACAGCAAAAUUAGUGCUCUUUUAUUAUCUUUACCCUUUAUUGUUAGUGAACAAUAUUCUAUCUUAACUUGCUAGUAGCUCAUACAGCCACAGCUCUAGGUAGGUACUAGUCUGUAAGGAUAAAUAUUAAACAUGAAUGACUUAAAGACAUGCAGUUAAGGAUUUUGUUCAGUUGUCUAUUAAUAAAUUGACUAUUAAUGAAUUAAU